AUGUCUGCUGAUGAAUGUUUGUGGGGUACAAAAUGUCAAAAAUGGGAUUUUGAAAAAAGUCAUUCUAGCGGUCGACUUCAGCUUUGUUCCAAUAAAGAUUAUUCCAACAAUGAGACAUGUGGUUACUUGCAUCCACCUAAAUAUGCCAAAUCACCAGUUACCAUUCCGUUGUUAUCGUAUAACAAGCUAAAUGUUAUUCCUGAUUCAGCGAAGGAACAAUCAGAAAUGAUUGAAUUAAGUGCUGCCAAGCAAAAUUUUCUGGAAUCUCUUGGUAAGAAAAUCUUGGAUAAAAUUCUUAAGGAAGAAGGUAUUAAAAACGUAAAACUUAACAAUGGUAAAAUUGAACUAUCGGGAAAUAGUUCAGCAAUCAUAAAUGUAAAGUCUUAUCUCCAACAGACGCUUCACGAACAGAAUGUGAUGAUUACAAAUAAUCUGAAGAAAUAUUUACUGCUAUCUGCUAAAGGACGUUUAAUGAAGAGAUUUUUACAAAAAUACUCUGUAGGAAUUUCUUAUUCGGAAAUAUUAGCAGGUCCUCUUUCGACUGCUAAUGAUAUGAUAACAAUUAAAAAUAGGCAUGAUGCAGAUGAAAGAAGAAAUCAAUAUGAUAAUGAUCAUAAUAUGAAUCAAUCCGAAGACGAACAAGAGGAUGAAGAUAGUGAUGAUGAUGAUCGGAAGAGUACUAUUUCAAAUACAUCAUCUAAUUUCACAAAUAUAUCGAGUAAUUCUAAACAUCGUCGUAAUUUUUCACAAAAAUUUAUAAAAGUUACAUUAUGUAAUGACUUGGAAGAUUUAUUAUCUGAAGCCAUAAAAGAAUUACAAAGUUAUAUUUUGUACACCCGAUCAUGGCCAUUAAGACAAGAUGAGAUUGCAUACAUUUUAAAACAGUCGAAACUAAGCAAGCCUUUUAAAAAAAGAGUUCGUAAUCAAUGUUUUUAUAUUAAAAGUUAUCUCAGUGGUCUCGUCCAAUCCACUCCGAAUUCCAUAGUAACAAUCUUUGUAAAUCAUAAAAAUGGCGCACAGCGUGUGAAAGUGAGAGGAUUCAAGGACCAUGUAAACAACGCUGUAUCGAAAAUACAGAACUGGCUAAAUGAUAAUGUUGAAACUGAAGUACAACUUCCUAUUUCCAAAGUUAUGUCAAUUUUUCUCCGAACAAAAGCUUCGUCUGAUAUAAAGAAAAUGGAAAAAACUGAUCAUAUAAAAAUAACAAUUAUAUCAACAGCUUAUCGAAAACAUGUGGAUCAUGAACAAGAUGAUGACACCAAUUGCUUGAAACUCAGUGGUUCUUAUUCGCACAUUAGUUUCGCACGAGAGAAAGUAGAAGAUUUUCUUGAAAGUUUAUUCGAACAAGAAAAACAAUUUUCUUGUCAUAGUUGGGAUAUUUCAAAGAAUGUUUCCCAAAGUCUUCGUAUACGUCUGAAAGAACUACAAAACUCAGAUGAUUGUGGAGCAAUAGGAUGGCUAAAAACUUAUACAGCGACAGAAAGACAAGAUAUUACACCACAAGUUACUAUAUCAAUAGUUGGUUUGAACGAAGAAGCAGUUGAGAAUGUUAUUGAACAAUGUCAAAAUAUUGUAGAAGGUUAUGUUAUUUGGAAACUAUCUUCCAAUGAGUAUCGUGCGAUAGUUAAUGCGCUAGUAGUGAAAAAGUCAGCGUCUGUUGAUGAAUUUCGACAGCAAUGGGAAACUGAUAUACGAUUAGAUCAAAAUACGAAUACUAUCAUUAUUCCUGCACGAUCGAAAAUGAUAGCAGAUGAUAUCAAGGAAGCUUUACUAAGUUUAGGAGAAGAAAAACAACUUCGAGCGAAUCGCAUAUCUGAAUUCAUUCCUAUUCAACCUAAUAUUCGUCGUUUUGUUAAUCAAAUUAUUAAUCCAAUAUUCGAUGAAGCAAAACAACAAAAAGUUUUUGUAGAAUCUAAAAAGCGUGAUGGAUUGAAACUGCACGGUCUUCCUAAUACUGUUACGGAACUCAAACAAAAGAUCAAUUCUGUUAUCAAUGAAAUUAAGCAAAAUAUCAUUACUCGUCGUUUACAGUUGUCAUCAACCGAGUCAAACUUGUUUCGAACUGAUGCGUAUAAAUUAGUAAAGAGUAUUGAACGAGAAACAAACACUGUGAUUUGUGAUGUUGCAACAAAUAAAACUGAUUUAACAUUAAAGAUCAAUGAAAAUGAUACCAACUCAUUGAUAACUAUUGUUGUAAACAGUCGAGGUCAAACCAUUGUCGUAGAAAAAGGUGAUAUAACUAAGGUAAAAAAUCUCGAUGCAAUUGUGAAUGCAGCUAAUGGAACAUUAUAUCAUGCAGGUGGUGUAGAUAAAGCGAUUGCUGAUGCUGCUGGUCCCGCAUUUGAUCAAGAAUGUAAACAAUUAAUUGCAAAGAAUGGAGGUUUACCUAUUUCUGCUGGUAAAGUAGUUAAGACAACAGCUGGCAAUCUUCCUCUUAAAUCUGUUAUUCAUGCAAUUGGUCCUCAAUAUACAGAUGGUGAUCAAAACGAACGUCCAUUAUUAUUCUCUAGUGUUUUAUCUAGUUUGAGACUUGCUGAAAAUGAACGUUAUGCAAGUGUUGCUUUACCAGCUAUCAGCUCUAAAACUUAUGGUUUUCCAUUAGCAGAUUGUACAAAUAUUGUGGUUCGUGCAGUGAAACAAUUCUUCGCCAAUUAUCCACAAUCACAUUUGAGAAAAAUUAUUCUAUUAGACAUGGAUGAAGCAGCUUGUAAUUCAUUUGCACGUGAAAUUGCUAUCGAUCAUAGAAGUGGACUUCUAGAUGAUGACGAUAUUAUUAACUAUGAGUUACCUACAUUGACGGCUAAAUGGUGUUGGCAAGAUGAUGAUGGUGAGAAAAUCUAUGAUGAAAAUCAUGCACGUCAAAUUGAGGCUGCAUUUCAACAUUAUUUAAAAACUUCUAAGAUGCCGACAUUAGUGAUUCCUGCUGAUAAUUUACGAAGCGGUAUUAUUGUGAACUACAGUAUUCAUUUUCUUCCAAAUUUGAAGCAAUUAUUAAGAGACACACCAAAUAUGCUAAAUAGUCGUUUUGUCUCAGGACAUCAAAUGAGAGAUAGUACAGGCUAUAAACGACCAAUCAUUCGUUAUCCAGUUACACAACAACCGAAAUCUAUGCCUGUUAUGUAUCAUCUCAAACCAUUAGAUCAAUAUGAUUUGAAAUUAGAAACGACCAAAGUCGAUUGGGAUAUAAUUGGUCUUACGAAUGCAGCUAUACAAAAAGCUGAAGCAACGAUUCGAAAAGCAAUUGAAUCUGCCACGAUUUCAGAACCUUUCUCCAUAAAUCUGAAUAAAGACUUUAAUAUACAUAAAAAAGAACUCGUCAAAAUUGCUAAUUAA